GCCGUUUGCACUCACUGUCUGAUCACUGCAGCACGAGCCAUGGAGUAAAAGGAAGUGGUCCGGGGGAUGAAGUCUCGCGCAUUCCGUAACGGAGGACUCAGCUGUUAAUGCAAACGACACCUCAGCUGCACGUCCGGACUGUGUGAGCCAGCCCUCCUCUGUUUUAUUUUGGCUUUUGUAACUCUGCCGUGUGUUUGGACCAGUGUGUGGAACCAUGAGGACUACUGCUGCAGUGGACUGUCUGUACUAUUGCAUGCUCAUCCUGCAGCUCGUGCAUCAGCCCGUCGCCAAGCAAGUGCUCCGGUACCGUCUGGCCGAGGAGGGACCCGCAGACAUCAGGGUAGGGAACGUGGCCGGAGACUUGGGCAUUGUUGCCGGGUCCGGUGAGGUGACGUUCACCCUGGAGUCCGGCUCCGAUUUUUUUAAGAUAGACAACAUAACAGGUGAGCUGACGACCAACGAGAGGCGGAUAGACCGGGAGAAAUUACAGCAGUGCCAGAUGAUCUUUGAUGAGAAUGAGUGCUUUAUAGAUUUUGAGGUGUCAGUGAUCGGACCUGCCCAGAGCUGGGUCGACCUGUUCGAGGGGAAAGUCAUCAUCUUAGAUAUUAACGACAACACUCCGUCGUUCCCCUCCCCUGUCCUGACUCUGUCUGUGGAGGAGAACAGACCCAUUGGAACCCUUUAUCUGCUGCCCACGGCCACAGACAGAGAUUUUGGCAGGAACGGAAUAGAGAGAUACGAGCUUAUUCAGGACAACGGGGAGAACUCCAGGCGCCCCGGUUCUUCUGGGGAUUCGUACUCGGGGAAGAGGAGGUUCGAGGAGGGAGCGAGCAGGAGCAGCGUCUUUGAACUGCAAGUGGCCGACACGACCGACGGUGAGAAGCAGCCUCAGCUCAUCAUUAAAGGGGCCCUGGACCGGGAGCAGAGGGACUCCUACGAGCUCACCCUCCGAGUCCGGGACGGCGGAGACCCCUCGCGCUCCUCCCAGGCCAUCCUCAUGGUCAUGAUCACCGACGUGAACGACAACAGCCCGCGCUUCGAGAAGAGCGUGUACGAGGCCGACCUGCCGGAGAACAGCUCCCCCGGCGCCCCCAUCCUGCAGCUGAAAGCGGCCGACGCCGACGUGGGGGUGAACGGUCAGAUCGAGUACGUGUUCGGGGCGGCCACCGAGUCGGUGAGGAGGCUGCUGAGGUUGGACGAGAGCACCGGCUGGCUCAGUGUACUGCAUCGCAUCGACCGCGAGGAAGUCAGCCAGCUGAGGUUCACGGUAAUGGCCCGUGACCGAGGCCAGCCGCCCAAAAUGGACAAGGCCACGGUGGUGCUGAACAUCAAGGACGAGAACGACAACGUCCCCGCCAUAGAGAUACGCAAAAUCGGACGCAUUUUCUUAAAAGACGGGGUCGCCAACGUGGCCGAGGACGUGGUGGUGGACACGCCCAUCGCCUUAGUCCAGGUGUCGGAUCGGGACCAGGGGGAAAACGGCAUCGUGACGUGCACCGUGGUGGGGGACGUGCCCUUCCAACUCAAACCGGCCAGCGAGAUGGAGGGGGAGCAGAAUAAAAAGAAAUACUUCCUCCACACGUCUGCACCGCUGGAUUAUGAGGCCACGCAGGAAUAUAAUGUGGUCAUAGUGGCUGUGGACUCUGGGAGCCCCAGCCUGGCCAGUAAUAACUCUCUUAUCGUCAAAGUGGGGGACACUAAUGACAACCCUCCUAUCUUCAGCCAGAACGUUGUGGAGGUGUCUUUUCCUGAAAACAAUGCCCCUGGCGAGAGGGUGACAACAGUGGCAGCCAUCGACGCUGAUAGUGGGAAGAACGCUGAAAUUGCCUAUUCCCUGGACUCAUCUGUAAAUGGGAUUUUCUCUAUCAACGCAGACAGCGGAGACAUCCGAGUAAACACCAUCCUGGACAGAGAGCACACCGAGCGCUACGAAUUCAAAGUGAUCGCCAAAGAUAAGGGCAUACCCACACUACAGGGAUCUGCAACCGUGGUCGUCCUUGUGGCCGAUAAGAACGACAACGAACCAAAGUUCAUGCAGGACGUGUUCACCUUUUACGUCAAAGAGAACCUGGAGCCAAACAGCCCGGUUGGCAUGGUUACGGUGAUUGAUGCGGACAAAGGCCAAAAUGCAGAGAUGAGUCUUUUCAUCGAGGAGGAGGAGGAGAUAUUUUCUAUUGAGAACGACACCGGAACUAUUUUCUCCACGCUGUCCUUUGACCGAGAGCAGAAAACUACGUACACGUUCCGGGUCAAGGCCGUGGACGGAGGUGACCCUCCGAGGUCGGCCACCGCCACCGUCUCACUGUUCGUUAUGGAUGAAAACGACAACCCUCCGACCGUCACCUUCCCCAUAAACAGCUCCUACACCCUCCUCCCCCCAUCCAGUAACUUCAGGAUGGUGGUGAGGACCGUCAUAGCCACCGACACCGACACUGGCAUUAACGCAGAUCUGAACUACAGCAUCAUCGGAGGAAACCCCUUUAAGCUGUUUGAGAUCGAUGGGGGCACGGGGGUUAUUUACCUGGUGGGGAAGCUGGAGCAGAAGCAUUACGGCCUCCACAGGCUGGUGGUGCAGGUGAACGACAGCGGCCAGCCCUCUCAGAGCACCACCACUCUGGUCCAUGUGUAUGUUAAUGACACUCUGUCAAAUUCCACGGUGGUGGAGGCCCAGGUGGCUAAAAGCCUGAGCACCUCUCUCAACACCAACAUCGCCGGAGACCCUAAUUAUGAUUUAAGCAAACAGCGGCUGAGCAUUGUAAUUGGAGUAGUUUCGGGCAUCAUGACUGUCAUCCUCAUUAUUCUCGUGGUUGUCAUGGCCCGCUACUGCCGCCCCAAGAACAAGAACGGAUACGAGGCGGGAAAGAAGGAUCACGAGGACUUUUUCACACCUCAGCAGCACGACAAAUCAAAGAAACCCAAGAAAGACAAAAAGAAACAAAAGUCCAAACAGCCGCUGUACAGCAGCAUCGUCACCGUGGAGGCCUCUAAACCCAACGGCCAGCGCUACGACGGCGUCAGCGAGAAGCUGUCGGACAGCCCCGGCAUGGGCCGCUACCGUUCGGUCAACGGAGGCCCCGGGAGCCCGGAUCUGGCCCGGCACUACAAAUCCAGCUCGCCGCUCCCCACCGUCCAGCUGCACCCGCAGUCUCCGACGGCGGGUAAAAAGCACCAGGCCGUUCAGGAUCUGCCCCCUGCUAACACCUUUGUUGGCACCGGAGAUAACAUUUCCCUUGGAUCUGACCACUGCUCUGAAUACAGCAGUCAAACUAUCAACAAGUACAACAAACAGGAAAACCUUCUGUUAGGAGAUUUCCGGAACGCCUGGGUCAGCAAAGCCAAAUUUGAGUGCAACAGAUUGGUUUAACGGGACUUUCUCCUCGGCCUGUCGGUACAAACGUCGGGAAAAUUACCGGAGCUGCAGCUUCAGACGGCGUCGUCAGACAGAGGAGAAAACCUGGAAGUACCUCCCAAACCUGAGCACAUGACAACUUUAACAGCGGAUCCACAUAGAGUCUGACUCGCUUUAACUCCCACAGAGUCAAACUACAGCUGACACCCCAGCACCCGGCAGCCCCCACAGCCCCUGCCCACCACUAAAACCAUACAAACGCUCCAGUAACUGCUGUAAAACACACUGUAAUAUGAGCCCUGUGGACGCCCAGAGGC